CCUUCUCUCCUUACUUCUUUGGUUGCUCCUUUACUCUCUGCUCCUUUUGGCUCUUCCCAUUCUCUUUUUCUUUUUCUUCUGUCCUUUUAGAGAGAGAAAGAAACCAUAAGAGCAGAGACAUGUUACUGGGUCCAAGAUUGAGUUUUGGAUUACCUUAAAGAUAAUGAGUAGAGCCUCCAUUGUCUUCUUCCCUCUAGAAGAAGAAAAAGAUGGGUUUUCCUUUAGAUGUCCAGUUCCAAAAUCCAGUUUCUGCUCUUCUUGAUGGGCUUUACUGUGAGGAAGAUCGAUUCUUGGAUGAUGAUUUAGAAGAAUGGUCUAGUUUAGAAAAUGUUAAAAUAAAGACUCUACCUUUAUUAGAAUGUGACUUGUUUUGGGAAGAUGACGAGCUUGAUGCUCUUUUCUCCAAGGAAAAAGAAUCCCAUUUGGGUUUUGAUGGGUUAAUCUCAGAUGGGUCUUUAAUGGAUGCUAGAAAAGAGGCUUUAGAUUGGAUGUUGGGGGUCAUUGGUUACUAUGGUUUCAAUGCUACUACUGCUGUUUUAGCUGUGAACUAUUUUGAUAGGUAUAUAUCUGGAUUCUGCUUUCAGAAAGAUAAGCCUUGGAUGAGUCAGCUUGCUGCUGUUGCUUGUCUUUCCAUUGCUGCUAAAGUGGAAGAGACCCAAGUGCCCCUUCUAUUAGACCUUCAAGUAGCUGAUUCAAGAUUUGUGUUUGAGGCAAAGACUAUUCAGAGAAUGGAACUUUUGGUGCUUUCUACUCUUAAAUGGAAAAUGAAUCUGGUGACACCAUUAUCUUUUAUUGAUCAUAUUAUGAGGAGAUUUGGAUUCAUGACUAACCUGCAUUUGGAUUUUCUUAAGAAGUGUGAACGCCUCAUUCUUGAUAUUAUCACUGAUUCUAGGCUCUUGCAUUAUCCUCCAUCUGUUAUCGCAACUGCAGCAAUGUUUUUUGUGAUUAAUGAGAUUGAGCCUUGCAAUGCUAUGGAAUACCAGAAUCAGCUUAUGAGUGUUCUUAAAGUCAGAAAGGAUAGUCUUGAAGAAUGCCAUGAUUUAAUUCUAGAGCUAAUGGGCACUUCUUGCUACGACCUCUGCCAAAGCCUAAAGCGCAAACAUCAAUCGGUACCUAGCAGUCCAAGUGGUGUUAUUGAUGCAUAUUUUAGUUGCGAGAGCUCGAAUGAUUCAUGGUCAGCAGCAUCUUCAAUUUCAUCUUCACCUGAGCCUCAGUAUAAGAGAAAUAAAACUCAAGAUCAGCAUAUGAAACUGGCUCCGCUUGGUACUGUUUCUGUUGUUGUGGGUCGUAAUCCUCACUGAUCGAUAUAUCUUGUUCUCUAAAUUAUCUAGUAUAUCGGCAAUGGCUACUCUAUGAUCUCUCGUUUUUGGUAUGUUCUCUUAAAAAGCAAUUGCACAAUGCUCCGAUGUUCCAUUAUGUUUGUCUAGACGAUGUGAACAUCAACUCCACCCCCUCCUUCACAGGAAAUGGGAUUGGUGGAGUUUUCCCUUGAGUUGAAUCAAUGCUGCUGAAUUAUGUUGAAUACGAUCAAUGUCAUCGAUGAAUUAUGAUUUCAAGA